UAUAUUCCCCUUUCCCGGCAUGCCGCGCGGCACAUUAUCCAUUCGGUCAGGAGACACAAAAUGUCGGAUCCCGCCCUGCUUGCAGGAAAGCAGGUCUAUUUUUCCUGAAUUUCCGCCCGUUUCUGACCUAUCCUGCGCCAAAAAAACACAUCAGUCAUGUUUUCGGUGAGAAUUGUGACUGCGGACCACUACCAGGCGGUUCCUGUCCGAGGUUUGGACGUCUGUUAUUCCGACUUUCGCGGGGCUGAAUCCAAAAAGGUCCCGGUGGUUCGGAUCUUCGGGGCGACCCCGGGAGGUCAGAAGACCUGCCUGCACCUCCAUGGAGUGUUUCCCUACGUCUACGUCCCCUAUGACGGGCCUCCCGAGUCCGAGCGGCACCUGAGGCAGUUUGCGAGCAGCAUUGAUCGAGCGCUAAACGUGGCGUUAGGCAGAGCCUCGUCGACUACUCAGCACGUUUUCAAGAUAUCUCUCGUUAGCGGGACGCCGUACUAUGGUUACCAUGAGAAAGAGCAGCAAUUUAUGAAGAUCUAUUUCUACAAUCCAUUGAUGGUGAAAAAGGCAGUGGACCUGUUACAGGGAGGGGCUGUUAUGAACAAGCCGUACCAGCCCCACGAGGCCCAUAUCCCCUUCCUACUGCAGUUCUUCAUCGACUACAACCUGUACGGUAUGAACUACAUCAAUCUGGGAGCUGUCAAGUUCCGCAGACCUAAGGAGGAAGGUAAAGUUAACCAACCAGUCAACAGUAACCAACCGUUAUCACAAAAGAGCAGCCAAUCAAGUGGUAGCUCACUUCCAUGCAGCCAGCCAAUCAGAAGCCCUUGUUCAGAUGUCCCUCCAGAGAGCCCCGCCACCCCCUCCAUGCCAUCCCUAAUGAGAUCGUCCAGUUGCCAUGCCAACACCCCCACCCAUCAGGUGUGGGAAAUGGAGAAUGUGCCCAGUUCUCUACUUCUGGAGGCCGAGGUGGUUAGACAGAGUACGUGUGAGUUAGAGGUAGAUGCUGUGGCACCGGAUAUUCUCAACAGGCUAGAAAUACAAGCCAAAAUCGGAACAAACCCUGGUCUGGCUGCCAUCUGGGAGGACGAGAAACAGCGUAGGAGAGAAAUGGGAGAAUCCUCACAAAUAGAGCCACCACCCUCGCAAGAGAGACCAGAUGUCCAGCCAACGGAGAGUGACCUAGAGUUAAGAGAACGUAUCAAGGAGAUAGUAGAAGAGCAGGAUUCCCUCUUAAAAAGCCAGUUGGAGAGAUUACAAGAGAGCCAAGCCAUGUCAGACGAACAGUCGCCUAUUAUGGACUCUAGUCCUGUGCAAUCUAGCCUGACUCCAUCCUGUUCUGUGGAGCUACACUUCUCCCAGAUUGAAGACAAUCCGGAUCCAUCCCAGCAGAUAGGAGAUACUGAAGAUGACCCCAUUGUCGAUGAGGAUGCCGUGCAGUCUGUAGUGGAGAUGAGUCAAAGCUUUUCAGGGUCUGGCAGAGAAGCCUCACAAAUGCUGGCAAACAGCCAGGAUCGGUCCCUAGCCAGUCUACUGGCAGGCCUGGCAGAUGAUACCAUUGGGUCACAGUCCAUAGUGAGCCAAUCACAGCGCAGUAACCGUAGUGAUGAUGAUGAGGGAGUGGGAAAUAAGUCUGAAGAGGAGGCAGAGGAAGAGGAGAGCAUCCUGAUGUCUCAGAAAUGGGACAACGGGGAUCCACAGGAUGAAGAGCAGGGGCAGGAAAGCCCAAUGGCCUUUGAUCUGGAAGGGAUGGAAAGCUCCUUCAACAGUUCUCAGUGGGUGGAUGUGGAAGACACCAUUCCUCAAGUCGACGGCAGUGCAGAUGAGAAACCUGCUGAAAUGCCUAUAAGGAAAAGACUGGGCAACACAAGGAUUACCAAAAUCCGCCGACCUGAAUCUCAGGACACCAAAAACUACCUCUUGAACAUUACUUCUCCCAUCAAGUCGGCAAACUGUACAGGCAACCACUGUGACACUGCCAACGUCUCACCAUCCAAGCAGCUCAAACUAUCCCUAGAAAACCCGUCAGCAAAGAAGGCAAGGGUUGUAGAAAAACCACGACAGCCCAUGCAGUUGGCUCCCAAUGACAGUCUGUACAAAGUAAAGGAGUCCAGGAUUACGCUACACAACAACUUACAUGAAGGAGAGAAACCCAAGCAGACUCUACAAUCAGUUUCCAACGACAGCCUGUAUAAAGUGAAAGAGUCCAAAAUAACACUACACAACAGCACCAUAGUUGUGGAGAACAGCCACUGUAGCAAAAUGGACAACUCCGGCCCGCGAAUCUUCAUGGACACCGUCACAUCAUUAAUGAACGUGGAGCAGCCCGGAGAUGGGGGGAGCGUAGAAAUGUCGCUGAAACAAGACGGCGUCAACGAACUGGCUAACCUGACUAUGACCCCAGAUAUGAGCGACUUUUUUCCAGAGACUAUGACAUGUGGAAAACUGCGCAAGAACUCCAAGGAAAAGAAGUGUAAAAGCCUUUCUACUUCCUCAGUAGGAGUAAGAAAGAGUACACGUGUCAGGAAGGUAAAGAAGGAUGAAGAUAUGGAGUCUUUGGGUGAUGACAGUCCUCUGGAGGACAGCGAUUAUGACAAGGAAACAUGGAAAGAUAGAAGCCGUAGACGGAGUUCUACAACACAACAUGGAACCAGAAAAAGUACACGUGUAAGAAAAGCCAAACAUGACGAGGACAUGGAGUCUUUGGGAAGCGAAUCAGAAGAAAUGAGUAAUGAUGAGACGGAAGAAGAUAGUCUGGAGGAGGAGGAGGAAGAUGAAGGUAGGAGAAGGAGCUCGAGAAACUGCUCUAGUUACGGUAAAAGAAAGAGGAUGUCUUCUUCACACAAGGGUUCCAAAAGGUGGAGAGAGGACAGGAUGAAAAACUACACACUCCGCGAGCAGAAGAAAAACGUGAGUUACAACGAGGAGGACAACUUCGCAGACGUGUUUGAAGUCAGCUCAGAGGAAAGUCUCUUCGAGGAGGUUGAAGAAGAAGAUCGAUUCAUAGAAAAGAAGAUGGAGAUGUUUGACGAAGAAACAUACACAUUCAAGAAGAAAAGGAAAAUGCCGACAAGAUCCCCAAAAUCAAGACCAAAACCAGUGGAAUCUAGGAGGUCAUCUAGUGAAGACUCCAGCGAUGGCCCUGUACAGAUAAUCAAUAUAAUAGUUAACAGGUUUAAGGGCCAGAAAGAGCUGAGAGUAAAGCUAAGAAGAAUCCAGUGUGAAGACAAGGUUCACCUUACGCCAGAAACACUGAAACGAUUAGAAAAUCCGGCAGAAACCCCUCCACCACCCCCUGAACCAGAAGAGCCCGUGAGUGACGACAUGGAAACAGAGAGUGCGAUAUGCGCCUCAUGUGCGGAGGCCCGUGUAGAAGACUGCGAGUCAGACAGUUGUAUCGUAGGCGGAGAGGCUCGGAGACAAAAACGUGAAGAGAAAGAGAAAAGACAACAAGAAACGGUUGUCCAGAAAGCAGUGAAUGUUGAAAAUAACGUCAUGCCUUCUACGUCCACUUUCUCCGGCUUCCCCUUCCGUGAAAACAUGCUGAAUUUCCUGAACUGGGACAAAAGGGGGACGAGUGAAAAACUGAACAGGCUUGGGCGGUCAAUGAAGGAGGAGGAAGAACUCUGGAACCAGAAGGUCCGAGAACGUAGGAAAGGACAGCAAAAGAUAUCCAAGGGCGGAAGGAAAAAGAAGCCUAGGCCAGAAGAUCAAGCGAAGGAUCCUGAUAGCACAGUAACUCCCCCUAAAGCUGAUGUAAAACCAACUGUAUCUACAGCAUCAGACACCCCAGCUCCCAUCAUAACACCAUUGGAACCUGUAAAGACACCAGUAGAGCCAGCAAAACCAACAGUUCCAGAAACAACCAGCCCAGCAGCCAAAACCAAAUCAUCUACUUCAGGGAAGAAAAAAGGUAGCAACUCAUCAGCUAAGCCUAAAACUCCGAAAGCAUCAACAAAGACCAAGUCAUCUGGUACGUCUCCCAAGGCCAAAGCCAAAAAGUCUAGUGCAGCAAAAAAGGCAAACGCAUCCCCGUCAACUAUGUUCAGUCCAGUCACUGAUGACAGUAAGGUCAAGUACAAGGAUGCUAUGUACAACAUGGCUUAUUUUUCUUCAACGGAGUCAGAGAAGAGUUCAGGAUCACCUCCGAAGUGCUGGUCUCCAAGUGCAAAGAAAGUUCCUGUCGGUGUAGGAGGGUCCAAUGCAGAGGAGUCCUUGUUGAACGAUUUAGAAGACUGUCUGUUUGACAAUGAAACAGGGGACGACGCUAAGGUGGAUAGGCACAGCAUGCUGAAGGAAAUACAGCAGUUUGAGAAGACUGAAUCUUUUGAUGAUUCCUACGAAGAUCUGGAGUACAUUGAUAGCAUCAUCAAAUUCUGCAGUCAAGAUACAGGGGAACAGGGAGAAGAGAAGAAGCCACGAAGGGAUGGAACGGCAAAGCCACCAUCGGAGCCUACGCAAAGCUUAGCGGCCAUGCAGGUUAAAGAUUCAACGUGUUACAACAAGGGAAGUGUUGAAGGCAACACUGAAAUGAGAAGUGUUGCAACUAUGAGUAUGAGUCCAGCACCAAGCUCUGACCACAGUCAUAUAGGACAACUGUCAACGUCACCGGCGAACUCGACAUCAAGUGGCAGUAGACCGUUGUCAAGGCAACAGUCGUGGCAGAGCGGUAGCACGCCGCAGCCUCCCCCUGGUAUUCCGCAUGUCCAGGGAAACUUCAGCCCAGGGCCCGGCCAGCAGUGGAGUGGACAAGCCAGUCCGCAGGGUGGUCAGCAGUGGAACAGACAGCUGAGCCCUGCUGGUAGCCACAACUCCUACAGCCCCAGGCCAUCCCCUCAGCCAUACCCUUCCUCUAAGACUCCACCCUACCAAGGGUGGCCAACAGGUCCACCUAGAACUCCCGUCAAUUCCCAGUUCCAGGGAAAUAUGAGUCCUCAAGGCUACAGUCCAAAUGGAAACUACAAUGUACAACACACCCCUCCUCCAAAUCCAGCUGUACAAGGUCAGCCAACAGACCAACCCAUGCAACAGCCAAGUGGCGAACAGGGACUCCAAAGGAACACUGAAGGUAACUAUGGCAGUCCCAACUCACAGUGGUCGAGUCAUCAAGGCGGUGUCCAAGGAGCAAGCAGGCCCCCACCUUCUUACGAAGACACGGUGAAGAGCCGUAACAGAGUCUCGCAGCAGAGCCCGUCAAGCACCCCACCACAAAUGUGGCAGUCGGGCGCAAGUCAGGAGAUCCCCUUGCAGUACAGAAGGAACAGCGCUCCACCUACCCAACAGUACAGUCCCAAUGGACAGCAGCCCUUAAGCCCCCCCACCCCUCCUACCCAAAUGAGCCCCUUCUCGGGGUAUCCCAGCACCAACCCUGACAACUGGAGGACGCAGUACAGGAACCAGUACGGACAGUUCCAGCCCAUCCCUCGGCAGGACUAUAGCCAGCAGGUGCCCCUCCCUCCGUCGGGCCCUUCUAGGUCUAGCCCCGCCUACAACAUGCCGUCGUCACCACAUUGGAGCCAGUCGCAACCAACCAGCCCCCACAUGUCCCAAAACCCGUCCCCCUACCACCCCGCUAACACUAGCCCUGUGUGGCCAAACCAGAGAGUAGUGUCUGCCGCACAGGGCAGUCCAGGUCUGGUUCAUACCGGUCCAAACCAGAUGAGUCCGGGCAUGAGUAGACUCCCCGGUAUGGAAGUGUUCAGUAACAGCCAACAGAUGCAUAUCUCAAACCAGAGCCAGGAUUUGAACAGAUCCAAGUGCUCCCAGGAAAGUACCAGCGACAUGUUCCACUCGGCGUACACCGUGCUUAACGACAAUGAGGACUUGGACGAACUUUUGGAAAGAGUGUGCCAACCCAAGCAGGAGACAACCACGAGUACAACAGACAAGGACAACUCAAGCAUGGACAUGCCAACAGACGACACAAAGAGACCAACUGUUUGGGAAUCCCACCCUUCUAUACAUAACAACUUAACAGAACUUGGGCCAAGAAGGCAUCAUUCCGAUAGUGCGCCACCAGUGGUAAGACCUCAGCCAUCCCAACCUAAGAAAACCCCUGCCCAGCCAGCAAACCGGCAGCGUAGCCACUCCUACUCCCAACCCUCGGACCUAAGACUAAGAGGCGACGAUAGGAACACCCCGCCUAAGUUUUACUGCGAAGCAGGUAGGCCCCUAGCUGAGGUCUCACCCGAUAGACACAACAUUGUCCGCUUGAAACUGAAGUCCAAGCUUCAAGCCGUCCGUCACUACAGCAACAACAGUCCGCAAGGCUCCCCACGUUCCAGUUCCAGCCAGGGCUCUCCCCUCCAUUCCCCAACAUGUGGGCCCAGGUUUAGCCCAGUCAGAAGGAUGUCCAGUCCUGCAGAGGAGGCCAACAAAAGGAGCAGCAUACUACUGGCGUUGCUAAGAGGUGGGAAAACGGCAAAGCAGAUCGAGCAUGAGAAAAACAGUCCCAUGUCACCCACAUCCUCUCAGAGCUCUGUUAGCGAGGGUAGCAGAAGCGGAAGCGUUGGAAAGGACGACGUUAACAUUCCAGAAACACCCGACUCGGACCAGAGAAGACCUGACAAUGACUCAGUUAAAAUGGAAACAAAGGAUGUGUCCUCCCCUUGCGUCCAAUCUUCAACAGCAUCCACUCCUUCGGAAGCUUCCAGCAAAGAGCCAAGUGGUGAAAAUUGUCCGAACGGGCAUCCCGGUAUGUCAAGUAUGUCAACGGAAGAACCGUCUUCCUCUAGUGAACUACAAUCACCUGAAACAAGCACCAAAAACGAGAACACAACAUCUUUAAAGGACACUCUUGAGAGCGGGCAUGAUCAAACAGAAGAAGAGGCAAAUGGAUCAAAUUCAACAAGUGACAUGUUCAAAUCUACAGACAGUGAUUCAAAAGACUGUAAUAUCUCAGAAGAUAGUCAAGCCAGGUGUCGGAAGAAAAGAAAAGGCAAAAGAACAAAAGAUACAGAAAGUGACGACAGCACUCCUCAGAGCACCCAAGAAAGGAACGACAGCUCUGAUAAACAAGAGGGAAAAGGGGGGAGAAGAAAAGCAGCCGGGAGUAAAAACAAUGCCAGUGCGAACGACAAAACAAAGUCUAAACAAUCAACUAAAGCUACAGACAAGAAAACCACAACAAAAAGCAGCCCGAAAAAAGAUGUAGCAGGUAGUGGUCAGGGACCAGGAAGAACAUACCCCUCCCCACUAGAGCCGGAUGGUACCAACACUGUAGUGAUAGGGAAGGACGGGAAAGUAUGGACCCCAGCCCUGAAACCCCCCGCAGGGAAGGAAGUGGUAGAGUCUGCCAAGAACCAUGGCCUGGGAGAAUCCAGCUAUCAGGAACCGUUCUGUAGCAAGCCCACAGACCUUCCCGACAAACCCAUGGAGGUUGGUGGGCGGGUGUUGAAGCUUGAGUGUGUGCUUCCCACAGCCCUGCCCACCUACCAGACUGAGCUGUCCACAGGGGGUCUGACUCACUGGCAGGCCAUCCUGGCUUCUACCAGGCCAACACAACAAACUCAGGGACAAGAUGGUGGCUUCGACCUCCUCGCGGAGCUCCAGAAGAACCCAGAGAUCCGCACAGCCCUCACCGGCGACCGCCCCGUCGUCCUCACCCCCUGCCGCCUCCCCCCGCACCCCGAAAAAGUCGCCGCGUGGCUCGCCGCCAAAAAGGAAUACCUCCGUCAGAAGCAACUGCAAGAAAACCCCAACACCAAUGAGAGAAAAAAGAGUGAUGAGAAGCAGAAAGACACAGUAGUAGACAAAGAACUCAAAGAUAAUGAUAUAGAACGGAAAAUUCAUGAUUCCCAAACAGACAAGUUACUGAAACGUAAAGAAAAUACAAGUACCAGUGCCAAAAUAUUGUUGCCAAGUGUUUCUUCGGAUACUGUAAAGCCAAACGUUUUAGAAGAAUUGUUGCCUCCAGAAUUGACGGAGAAUAUUACUUCACCCACUAAAGACUAUUGUGAAGAGACAGUGCCCCCAUCCCCUAAAACCUUAGCUUUAAAGUCUGAAUCUAUUAGAGAGACAAAAGAAGAAGAGAUAUUAAGUUCCAGUGAACAUCCAAGUCCUGAGGACCAAUCAGGGUCUACGCUAAUGCUUGAAACAAGCCCCCCUACAGACGUCGUCAUUGAUAAACAAAUUCACAGUACUCCGGUAGCCUCUAGAAGACCCUCAGAGCUAAACUUCCCAACGUGCACACCCAUAGGAGUAGGAACAGGCAGGAAAAGUAUUGUAGAAAGUCCAACAAGCCCAGGAACAUGUGACAAUAGCCUUUCAAGGAGGACAACCAAGGGUCAACAAGAUGUCUUGAGGAAGGUGGUCUUGAAUACGCAGCUCAAGAAUCAGUUCCAUACACCAGAGAUGAGAAGGAGCAUUUCCCAGAUAGAAGGCCCAACUCUUGACAACACCUACGGGUUCAAGGUCUCCCAGCAGAACCUACAGGAUGCAAAGGCACUACAUGAGGUCCAGAACCUCACAGUGAUCAGUAUGGAGCUCCACAUCCGCACCAGGCGUGAACUUCGACCCGACCCCGAGUACGACCCCAUCUGUAUGCUGUUCUACUGUCUACAUGAUGAUGGUCAGAGGGCAAGAGGUCAGGGGGUGGAGGUUACAGGGGUCAUCAUUGUUGACAAGGACUCAGUUGAAGGAGAGGACAUUGUAGACGUGAACCAGCCAAGUACAUCAACAGCUCCCCCACCUGUCAGAAGAGCUCAGAACUGCAGGCCCCUGCUACCCAGAUCAGGCGUGACCAGUCUUGAUGUGACAUAUGUUGCAGAGGAAAAAGAGCUGGUUGAACAUUUUCUCCAGCUGAUAAGAAAAUGGGACCCUGAUAUCCUUGUUGGUUACGAGGUACAGAUGUUGUCUUGGGGCUACCUUCUACAGAGAGCAGCUACACUGGAAAUGGACCUCUGUCCUAUGUUGUCAAGGAUACCAGAUGCCGCGAAGGAGAGCAGGUUCUCUGCUGACCAGGAUGAGUGGGGUGCAGACCAGAUGUCGGAGAUCAGCAUUGUCGGGCGUAUAGUCAUCAAUGUCUGGAGACUCAUGAGGAAUGAGUUGGCCCUGAACAACUACACGUUUGAGAACGUGGCCUUCCACGCCAUGCAUCAGCGCGUUCCGCUGUACUCCUUCCGCACCCUGUCGGACUGGUUCGACAACAAGACUGAUCUGUUCAGGUGGAGAACUGUUGACCAUUUCGUCACGCGUUGUCGCGGUAACCUGCAGCUGUUGGAACAGAUGGAUCUGAUUGGUCGGACGAGCGAGCUUGCCCGGCUCUUCGGUAUCCAGUUCUACCACGUCCUGACACGAGGGUCGCAGUAUCGCGUGGAGUCUAUGAUGCUGAGGAUAGCCAAGCCCAUGAACUACAUUGCAGUUUCACCUAGUAUGCAGCAAAGAGCUAGGCAAAGAGCUCCUGAGUGUCUUCCACUGAUUCUAGAGCCUGAGUCAAGAUUCUACACCCACCCUGUAUUGGUGCUGGAUUUCCAGUCUCUCUACCCUUCCAUCGUCAUCGCCUACAAUUACUGUUACACCACAUGUCUGGGGAGAGUGGAACACCUGUCUGAGCCAGGAGAGUUUGAAUUUGGCUGCAGCAGCCUGAAGGUUCCUCCUGGCACGCUGAGGAAACUGCAGGACCGUCUGACGGUGUCGCCCAACGGUGUGGCCUUCAUCACAAAGGAUGUACGGAAGGGCGUCUUACCAGGCAUGCUGCAGGACAUCCUCAACACACGCAUCAUGGUCAAGAAGUCCAUGAAGGACUACAAACAGGAUAAGAAUCUCACCAGGAUGCUGCACUCCCGACAGCUGGGUCUGAAGCUGAUAGCCAACGUGACGUACGGUUACACCUCCGCCAACUUCUCGGGCCGCAUGGCGUGCAUCGAGAUCGCAGACAGUAUCGUGAGGAAGGCAAGGGAGACUCUGGAGCGAGCCAUCCGAUUGGUCAACGACACACCCAAGUGGGGUGCCCGGGUGGUGUAUGGUGACACAGACAGCAUGUUCGUUCUACUGAAGGGAGCCUCCAAAGAUCGAGCCUUCCAGAUUGGCCAGGAGAUCGCGGAGACCGUCACGGCAGACAACCCUAAGCCUGUCAAGCUGAAGUUUGAGAAGGUGUACCUGCCGUGCGUGCUGCAGACCAAGAAACGUUACGUGGGCUACAUGUACGAGACUCAAGACCAGAAGGAGCCUGUGUUUGAUGCCAAAGGGAUUGAGACGGUCAGGAGGGAUGGUUGUCCAGCUGCCUCAAAGAUCCUUGAGUGCUCCUUGAAGACCCUGUUCACAUGCAAGGACGUCUCCCAAGUGAAACAGUAUGUGGAGAGACAGUGCACCAAGCUCCUGGAGGGUCGGGCCAGCAUGCAGGACUGCAUCAUCGCUAAGGAGUAUCGCGGCAUGGCGUACUACAGGCCUACGGCUUGUGUUCCAGCGCUGGAGAUCGCACGACGCCUCUUGUCAAGCGACCGGCGAGCAGAACCCAGGGUUGGCGAACGCGUGCCUUACGUGAUCGUGUACGGGAGCCCGGGUUUGCCUCUCAUCCAGCUGGUCCGUCAGCCCCACGAGGUGUUAACCGACCCCAACCUCCGCCUCAACGCCACUUACUACAUCAACAAACAGAUUCUACCUGCUCUGAACCGGGUCUUCUCUCUCAUUGGUGUGGAUGUCUUUAGCUGGUAUAGGGAGUUGCCAAGAACCAAUCGCAUUGCAGCACCUACACGGCUUCUGCCAGACUCCAGGAAGGGCACCAUCUCCCAGUUCUUCCAGACUGUGAACUGUCCUGUGUGUAAUGGGCCCGCCCAACAGGGGGUAUGUACCCACUGUCAGGGCGAUCCUCAACUGGUCGCCGUAACGCUCAACAACCAAAUAAGGGCAUGGGAACGGACAUACCAGCAUCUUCAACAGGUGUGUCGGAGCUGCACUGGGUCCCCUGGUCAACCGAGCUGCAUCUCUCUGGACUGUCCCGUACUGUAUAAGUACGUGAAAGCCAAGAACGAUGUGGAAAGAGCGACAUACUUUCGUGAGCUCCUGGAUAAGUCCCUUGAUGGAUAACCUUUAGUAAGAAACCUUCAACGAUUACAACCUCAUCUUGCUUUUGUUGCAGUACAAGACUUAGCAAUGGGAUGGUGCACUGUAGCUUUUAGCUCUAUACAUUAUUAGCCUUUAAGGCAUGGAAAUUGCCAAGCCUCUUCAGUGAUGUUGCCUGGAGAAAGAACUUUUCUUCCAACUUGUUGCAAUAAUGUUUUAAGCAUUCAAAAUACUACCUGCCUGAGGAUAUUUGGAAAUCCUUUGUUAUUUUCAUCUAAGAAUAAGAAGUUGAGUCUUGUGGAAAUCAAAGUGAAAAAUCAUUUUUAUGUUCCAUACAGUUGCAAUGAACAAGCUGUUUGUCAAGAUGGAAGGUUGUCUGAGGGUAAAGCGAUGAUUUUAGGUUUAGGGCUAUGCCAUAUGGACAAAGGGGUUGUCUGGUAAACCAAUGUCAAAUAUCACUUUUGCAUUUCACAAAAGAAUAGACCACUCCUCUCUUUUUUAAAUGGCAGUCUCACUACUUGAGGUAUUGUGUCCUUCUUAGAGGUUCUUUGUGUAAGUUCUUUUCCUGCAAUAGGAUGUGCCUUACUACUCUCUUCUCUUGUUUUGUCUCUCUCAAUGUCCCUUGUACUUACUUGCAGUAUUGUAGUUGCCUUUGUGGCACAUAAUACUGUGAUUCCCAACAUUUUCGACUACUUAAUGUUUAGGCUGUCCGAGGACUAUGGUAUGGAGGCAUGCAAACUAGACAACUAGCUCCAUAGACCUUUAGUAGUUCUUCAUAGUUUGAGUGUAUACUUAAUAUACAAAAAAAUGUAUCCUUGUACCCCCUUCGUGGGGCACUAUCAAUGUUGCAGCAAACAAUUGCGAGUGAAGUUGUGUUCUAGCAACAGCUUACGUUCAAACCUAUCAAUGUACGUGAACUACCUAGAAGUGGUCAACAUUUUGGAGUCAGCACUAUGACACUUAAUGGCUAUGGUACUGUAUUAAGUAAUUGUGUAGUGAAAAAAAGUUGUUGGCGAAGUGAAACUGUUUUUACCAACCACUUUCGAUGGAAACGCUGUUGAGUGUUAAACUGUAAGAAGAAAGUAACAAAGGGCUAUUUUUGUACUAAAUUAUUAUGUGGAGAAGACUGUGAUUUAAACGUAAACAGUAAGACGUUUUGGCAUGUAUGAGAUGGCCAUGUCUGUGUCAAAUGUGUACAGUGAUUUUGUAAAGGUGCUUUUGAACAUUUUUAUAUGCCGUCAGAACAAAGAUUUUCUUUAUCUUGAA